AUUUUGUAAGAUAUUCUCAAAUAUGUAUAAGAUCUCCCUAAAGUUUUUUGAAGACCUUCCUUAAUUUGAUAUUUAAAUUUUAUAAAGAUAUUAUACAUAUUUAAAAUCAUUUUCAUAAAGUUUUGAAAUAUGUUAUAUAUCAAGUAAUAUUUUCCAAAAUAUACAUAUAAAACAAAUUCAUUAAGAUCACGUACACAUUUAGAAAUUCCUAAAUAUACAUACAAGUUACAUUCAAAUAUUAUAUUUACACAUUUAUGAUGGUAAUCCUAAAUUCAUGAUUUUCUUUUUACAAAUUUAAACAGAUAUCAUACACGUCUAGGAAUGUCUUCAUAGACUUCGUUUAAGAGAAUGUUUCCCCCAAAAAUUGAAAAACUGAUUCUCUUUUUGAAACAAAAUCCAAGAAACACAUUAUUUAUUUUAAUAUUUUGAUAUUCAAUAUUUAUUUAUUUUUAUAUAUGUAGUAAAAAAAUUAGUUAAAAUUAUAAAUGAUGAUAAAAGUUUCAAUUGAACUUUUAAUAGAAAAUAUUUUAGUCACUUUGACUUUUGAGGGUUAUUAGGAGAACAAAAAAAAUUAAAAUGUGCUAUUUAAGAGAUUUGCCAUUUAAAAAAACCAAAAAAAGUUCUCGACAAGAGACUAUGUUUUUUGUGAAGGGACCCAAAUCAUUUUUUGUACCUUCAGUACAAAUUUAAGUCAACUUCCUCGACUAGGUUUAGGCUAUUUUCCAAGUUUUCUAUACUUAAGAAUUACUUCGUGUUUUUCGUUCUUUCUAGACAACUACUAAACAUAAUUGGAUUCAUAUAAGAUUAAACGAGGUUCAAGUACAACAUAUCAGUUUGCUAAUAUGCUAUUACAUGUUUAAUAUUUGACAUAAUCAACCUGAAUCCAUCAUUUGUCAUUCCUGCCUUAGUCCCGCAUUCAUGGUAUGUCUUUCUUUUUUGGGUUUGAUCUUUUAAGGGGGAGAGCCAGAAACUUUUUGUACCAGGGUCAGAAAAACAAAUCAAAGCGAAAAACUGUUUUUUUUCAAUUAAAAAAGUAAUAAAUGAUGAAAAAAAACAUAAUUUUUAAACCAUAAAAAUGACAAAUGUAUUCUACGCUCACUCAUAGCUUGAAAACUUUUUAUACCAGUUUCAUUGGUUACAUCUUAAAUAUUUUUUUCUUACUGAAGGAGACUAACUUUUUAUCCUAUAAAUAAAUAAAAAAUUAUCUUUCUAAAUAUACAACUAAUUGUUAAAUAUUUUUCAAAUCAUGAACAUAAAGUAAAAAUGCAAACAAAGGAGUAGAGUAUUAAAAAAAUAUAGAAAACCAGCCUGACACUUAACAAAAAAAAAAAUUGUAAAGCAUGAGUUGGAACUUCGCUGUCGUCUUGAGUUUGUGAGGAAGAGGAACAUAUUUUUUUUCUUCAUAUUUUUCAUUUUACUUAUUUUCUUAAUGUUUCUGUAUUAUAAAUUAGUUGGGUCUGAUACAAUUUGGACUUAAAUAAACAUACAGUUAAAGUUUAAAAUAACAAAACGUGUUUAGUGAUUUAAUUUUUUUGUAAUUAUAAGGAAAUGAGGUUAAAUCCAAAAUUUAAUAUUUUAAUUAUAUAAUUAAAUUGUAUAGUUAAAUUGUAUCUUUAAUGUUUAGUAAUUGUUUUUGUGUUGUCAAAUUUUAUUUUGGUCAAUACAAAUUUUUCGUAAUGCACAUUCCAAUGCUUACACGAUGAUUUUCCUAUAAAACUUAACCAAAUGCAAGUGCUUGCUUAAGAAAAUUUAAUUAAUAGACGAUUACAUUUUUGAAAUGAACCUUUUCAGUCUAGUUUAUGUGAGAAUUCUGGUUCCAUAUCAAGCUAAUCAGCUAUUCCGAGCAUGGCAUCACACAAUAAAAUGACCAGAAUAAUUCGACAAAGCCAAAUAAACACAACAAUUUUCUAUAUCAAUGGCUAGGUGGAAACAAAAUAUUACAAUAGUCUAAUAUAAAAAGAACCACUCUUGCUAAUUAUGAACUCACCUGAAUUAGUUCCCAUUUUGGUUUUUGGAAUGGGUCCAAACAAAUAGUUGUUUUAAAUUAUUGUGCUACUUUAAACAAAAAUUAUUCAUUUAGAAAAAUAACAGAUUUAAAAUAUAUUUUUGGAGAAAACGGUCCAAUAAAUACUGAACUUAACACAUUUUUGCCAAAAAAAAUCACGAACUCUUCAUUAAUCCAAAAAAAUAUGAACUUAUGUUGACCGAGCCAAAUUAGGUAUAACUUUAGUCAACACUAAUUUUUUCUUAAACCGACAUUUAGUUUUUAAGGGAAAUUAAAACUACAUCGUUUUGUUAAAAUAAAAAAUAAACAAAAUUCACCAUAAAAAUAUUUAACUUACAUAUUUUUGCUGAAAACAUGAACUAGUCACUGAUCCAAAAACUAUAAAUUUUUCGGUUUAGAUUUUGGAGUCUUGGUUUAUAUAUAAUUUUUCUUUAAAAAAAAUACAUAUUUUUUAGAUCUACGAAAUGUUCAUGCUUUUUAGCGAAAUUGCGUGAGUUUGAUAUUUUACGGUGAAUUUUGUAUGUUGGCAAAACAAUGCUGUUUUGAUUUCCGUUAAAAAGUAAACGUUGGUCAAGUAAAAAUUAUUGUUGACUAAAUUUAUACCUAAUUUAGCUUGUCAACAAAAGUUCAUAUGUUGUUGGAAUUAAUGAAGAGUUCGUGUUAAAAGUGUGUAAGUUUAGUAUUUAUUUGACAAUUUUCUCUAUAUUUUUGUCGAGGGUAAAUAGAAACAAGAAUCUAAAUAUAUUAGUUUUUCAGAUCUAGUUUAUUCUGAUCUUUGUUUUCUUACGAGUAAGAAGCAACCUAAGGAAAAACAAAUGCAAAAUCCACCAUCGUUAAAAACUAUAAAAGGCAACAGUUUUGACUUCAGUCCCAAUUGGAUUUCGAUUUGUGGUCGUUUUGAUGUGUGUCUUACAAAGUACAACCGAACUUCUCCCAGAACAAACUCUAAAGAACUUGUCAAGCAAAGUUCUUACGUGACCGAAUAGGUCAACAGGGUCAAAAAUCAACGUUGUCCAAGUCGUUAACGUGGCCUAAUAAUGAGCAAGUGACACUUCUUCAGUUGAUUUCGUCGUUGCAUCGUUACAUCUAUUUUAAUGUUCAACCAAAUCCACAAAUACACUAGUAAAAGUUACAAAGUUGACUCGUUCACUCUUUUUGUGGGUCCUUCACAAUGCUUGUUAUUAAAAAUAGAAAGAAACAAAGACUUUUCGUGGGUCAAUAUUAUAUUCCUAUGUAAUUUGUAUAUAUAAUAGAUACCUUUGGAUUGGAAUUGUCAUCGAGAAUCUCUCAACAUCUCAAGUUACAUCUGUUCUCAUCACUCUUUUAAAAAUAUAUUGAAAAUUUCUGAAGCUUUUCAAUAAUUUUCUCGAGCUAUGACCGCCCAGAAAUCUGUGUUGCAAUUGAGUGUUCACGAGGAACGAAUCAGGAAGAAAGUGUGGGCGACCGUUUCUAAAUUUUCAGGGGUUACUUCGAUAGUAAUGGAUGACAAAACCGGAAAAAUGACAGUAGUUGGUGAAGUUGAUGUACCGAUUAUCAUAAAGAAGCUAAGGAAGAUAUGUAAUGCAGAGCUUGUUACGGUUGAAGUUGUUAAAGCACCUGAGAAAAAGCCUGAACCAGAGAAACCGACUCCAGAUAAACCGGCCGAAAUGGUUGCCUUCCCUGUUAUGCAUUUUAACAACCCGUACCAGUAUCAUUCGUCCUAUGCUAAUUCUUACUAUCAACCAUGCGAUAAUUACAGAGUUGUGGUGGAGGAACCAAAUACUUGUGUGGUUAUGUAAUUUUCUACUUCUCUUUCAAUAAAUUCAGUUUUGGUCUAUGGAACACUAAAUUUUAUGGAAGAGUGUAUUUUUUGUUUACUUUUAUAUAAGUGUUCUUGUUUGAGUUUAUUUAUAAUAAAAAAAUCAAUUUCUGUAUGAUUACUUUUACUCAUCUAGUAAUCAUUUUAUCGAGGAAGGCACUUCGACAUUAGUGUAGGACAAUAGAAGAUGUGUUUUUCUUUCAAGACGAUGGUCACAAGUCAGGUUUGAAGAACACUCAGCUUAUCGUGACAUACACUCUUUACGUUGAGAUUCACGCAUGCAUGGUAAGGAAUGAACGACCGAUAAGUUAAGGUAGACCUUUUCAGAGAUCUCACAAUGAAUAUAACAACAAUCAAAAGAAACAAUGAUGACACUUCAUUAAAUCAUUUCUGAGACACGGUUUAAGAGGAACUUCAAAAUACUUGGAUAUGGUACAUGCAAUCUACAAAAUAAGUAGUUCUUAGAUUUUUUUUUUUAAUUUUGUUUUUAAAAUUUUAAUUGUUUUUCAUGAAUUUAUCACAGGUGGUGCUUAACGUACAUUUAAAAAGGUCAUUGCCUCGAGCCCCCAAGAGAGAUAUUUUUAGGGCCCAGUUUUAUGAAAUGCGAUGUGUAUCAUAUAUAUAUUCUAUUAAAACUGAAGUACAAAAUAAUAUUUAGCUAUUUUAAGUGAUUUCUUACUUUUUUUUCUUUUUUAACUAAUUUAAACCACUUUAUUUAUUAUCUUUUUCAAAUAAUUCAACUUCGCUUACAAAAUAAAACCUACAUGUUUUUAGUACAUCUUUUACAUUCAUCUUUCACUCUUCCUAAUUACUUCAUUAAUUAUUUUUACCAUAAUAAUACGACAAUAUUUAUUUUACGUGUUAACCAAAAUAGUUUCAUAAUAAUAGUAAGUUUUUUAUUUGUUUACAAAAAAGUUAAACAUGGACAUCCAGGUACCCGUUCGUGUACGGAUAGUUUUUUUUGGGUAUCAUAUUUUUGGGUUUAAAAUUAAAUUUUGAUCAGAUAUUAUAAUUUUUUGGACGUGGUUUGGAUUCGGAUCCUUCCAGGUCCGGAUAGAUUUGUAAGAACCUAUAAAUAUCCAAAUAACUUAUGUGUUUAGAUAUCUCAUUAAACAAUUUAUAAAUAUGUAAAUAUUAACACCUGCAGGGGCAUGCGGGUCAAGCUCUAGUAUUGAUUAUAAUACAACUUUAAAUUAUGUUUUUCCUCGUCCUAAGUUUGACACCCUAACUUGAUUUUACUUUUUUUUCAAAUAAGAUUUUAGGAAAAUGAAAUCUUAUUUUCUUGUCAAUUUUCCAAAAUCGAAAAUAUGUAUCUCCAAACAGGAAAGCUAAAUAUAUAAAUAAAUGAGGAAUACAAAUUUCAGUGAAUUUUAAAUAUAUUCUCUAUUUAAUUUGAAAAUUGAGGAUUUAACUAUGAUUUUUAGAGUUGUGAGUUUUCUUUUCUCUCACCCGGUAUCAAAAUUACAUCUGAAAACAUAAAAAGAUAAAAAUAUCAAUUAUAAUUUUGUUAGGAACCUAAUAAAAAUAUUAUUUAAGAACUAAAUUAUGAAAGUCUAGUGAAAGGUUUUUAUUUUUUGAAUUGAGGCUAAAAUGAAAGAUUUUACUAAGAAGAAUGAAGACAUAUUUUAUUUUAGUUUGAUUUUUUUAAUCUCAUUUCAAAAUUAUAUUACAAUUUUUGAAAAACAUAAUUACAUAUAUAGAAAAAGGUCCCGUAUGUUUCAUUCACCUUAAGCCCCUCAACACCUAAGCACAUCACUGGGUAAAACUUAUUGCUUUGGAACUACUUUUUAUUAGUGUAUUUAUGAUAACUACUCAAAGAUGUCGGUGGUUGUUAGAGCAUCUCCAAAAGAAACUGUAUAACUUCAAAUAUAUAUUUUUUUAUUUUCUAAAUAGAAACUUUAAAACUUCAAAUUUGAAAUUUCUAUUUUUCUAUUUGUAGUUUGGUCUUCAUAACUAAUUUCAUAUCACAUUUAUGAUUCUUAAGUAUUUUCUCGUUUAUCAUUUUAGUUUUUAAAAUUUUUAUCUCAUAAAUAUUUCAAAUUUGUUAUUAUAACUUCAAAUUUUACACAUAAAAUUAAAUAAAAAACUUAAAAAUCAUAUUUAUAAUAUUUUAAUUACGAGAAAUUUUUAACAAACAUAUUAACUCAUUUAUAUUAAUUCUGUAUAAAAAAUAAAUUUGACCAGUGCAAGACAUGUUAAGAGAUGUUUUAAUCCGGUUCAAUUUUAAUCUGUUAAACUAAACCAAAAAAUACGAGACAGAACAAAGAAACAAAUCAUUCUAUGUUGAUUAUGAUAUAGUUAUAUACAAAUUUUAGUUUGGCUAUAGAAUAUUAAAAACACAUAUGAAAUUUUAUAUGAACAUAUGUUAUUUCAUAAAACAAAAAAAAUUAUAAAUGAAUGCAAUACAUUUUAAACUUACAUUGACUAAUUUAUUAAAAGUAAAAUCAUAUUUUUAAAUUAUGAUAUUACGUUGUAGUAAAUUUUAAUUAACAGAAUCACUAUAAAAAUGUUUUUCAAUUUGUAUUACAAUUUACUAUUCACAAAAUUAUAAUAUGCAUAUAUUAACCUCUCAAAUUAGCGCUUUCUCUUUAUUUCACAAGUUUAAAACUAAAAUCUAAACUUAUACACAUGUAACAAUAAAAAUAACAUUCCUCCUAUUUUUUUCAUAUAAUUUAAAAUAUUUAUAUUAAAAAUACCUAUAUAUAAUAGUGAUUAAAAAUACUUAUAAAUAUAUAUAAAAAGAUACUUGUAAUCCUAUGGUUAACUAAUAUAGACUUAGAGUUUAAAGUUGAGUGGUAGAGUAGAGUUUUUGGAAUAUGAAAUUUAGGAUUCUAAUAAAUAUAUAAAUAAAUACUUAAAAUAUAUAUAAAAAAAUUUAAAAAAUAGUUUCAAACAUCAUUUUCAAAUUUCGAAAACAAAUUUGUAAAAACAAUUUGUAAAAAAAAUCGAGAAAAAAAUCAAAAUUUUUUUAAUAAGAAAGUUA